AUGGUCUGGAGCAAAGACUCUGGUCCUCCUCAGUCCCUUCUCAGUCUCCUCGGUCCCUACUCAGUCCCUCCUCAGUCCCCUCUGGACCUCCUCAGUCCCUCCUCAGUCCCCUCUGGACCUCCUCAGUCCCCUCUGGACCUCCUCAGUCCCCUCUGGACCUCCUCAGUCUCCUCUGGUCCUCCUCAGUCCCUCCUCAGUCUCCUCGGUCCCUACUCAGUCCCUCCUCAGUCCCCUCUGGUCCCCCUCAGUCCCCUCUGGGCCUCAGGCGAUGGUGGUUUCCACAAAAACUAA